AAGGCAGAGUGAGAGGAGACAUACAGUAGCAGACAGACUGACUGACUGCUUUGGCUGCUGAAUUGAGUGGAAGUGCAUUUUCCCCGGUAAUUGCUGGAUAUCUGAGUAUUUCAUCUAACAUGAAGGUGCUGGGGAUUUUUCUGUUGCUGGAAGUUUCAGGCUUCUUUUCCAUUUUUGCCAGCCCUUCCCCUCCAGUCCAUUGCCGCUGGAAUUCUUUUGGCCCUUGGUCCGAGUGCGAUGGCUGUACUCAAAAACAGAUUCGGAGACGGACAGUAGCAGUUUAUGGCCAAUAUGGGGGAAAACCCUGCUCAGGGGAUGCCUUUGAAACAAGACCAUGCACCCCCACAAGGGGAUGCCCAACAGAGGAUGGCUGUGGUGAUCGGUUCAGGUGUUUCUCAGGUCAGUGCAUUAGCAGAUCUCUUUUGUGCAAUGGAGAUCAGGAUUGUGAGGAAGAUGGUGCAGAUGAAGAUCGAUGUGAAGAGAAGACGACUGUAUGUGAUAUUGAUAAAACACCUCCGAAUUCAGAACUUACAGGAACAGGUUUUGAUGUCGUUACUAGUGAGACUAGGAGAAGAGUGAUUCAUACAAAAAGCUUUGGAGGACAAUGCAGAAAGGUCUUUAGCGGCGAUGGAAGAGAAUACUACAGGCUGAGUGAAAGCAUUCUUGCUUAUACUUUCCAGGUUAAAAUUCAGAAUGAUUUCAGUUAUGAGUUUUUCAACAGCAGCUGGUCUUAUAUGAAACACACAGAGAAGUACGAAAGAUCAAACAGUGGACACAGUUAUUCACAGAAUAAAAUUCUGCAACACAGUCAGAAGAGUAAGCAGCUGAUGGUUGUUGAGAACAGUGUGGAAGUUGCUCAGUUUAUUAACAACCGCCCAGACUUUCUCACUCUUGCGGAGCCUUUCUGGAAGGAACUGGCCAACCUGCCAGUCGUCUAUGAGUACAACAUCUACCGAAGACUUAUUGAACGUUUUGGGACUCAUUUCUUACACUCUGGGUCUCUAGGAGGACAUUACAAAGUUAUUUUUUAUAUGGAUACUGACAAAAUGAAAGCAGAAGGUAUGAGCAUAACAGACAUGUACGAGUGCACCACAUCAGGCUGGAACGCAUUCAUUGUGAAAAAGAAGAAAGUAAAGUGCUCCAAACUGGAUGAACUGCUUCAGACUUCUUCAGGAAGCAGUGGUAAUAAGAUUAAAGGAGACCCUUACAUAGAAGGAGGAAGCCCAGGUGCUGUUGCUGGCCUUAGUUAUCUAGAGCUGAAUAAUCCUGCUGGGAACAGUCAGAGAUACUCCUUUUGGGCCAGAUCAGUGACAGACUAUCCCAGAGUAAUUAAACAAAAGCUAACACCAUUAUAUGAGCUGGUAAAGGAAGUGCCCUGCUCCUCAGUCAAAAAGCAUUACCUAAAACAAGCCAUUGAAGAAUAUAUGGCUGAAAAUGAUCCCUGCAAAUGUCAGCCUUGCCAGAAUGGUGGUGAGGCGGCCGUGGAAGGAACUCAGUGUGUGUGUUACUGCAAGCCUUACACCUUUGGAGCAGCUUGUGAGCUGGGAACUCUCGUGCAAGAUCAGCCAGGUGUUGUUGAUGGACACUGGAGCUGCUGGUCUUCCUGGAGUCCUUGUUCAGGGGGAAGGAAAUCAAGGAGUCGAACCUGCAACAACCCCUCCCCACGUGGCGGUGGGAAGGUCUGCAUAGGAGAGCAGCAUGAAAGCAGACCAUGCGAAGAUGAAGAGUUACAGCAUUUUCGCUUGAUUGAACCACACUGUUUUGAUUUAUCCAUAACUCCUACAGAAUUCUGUUCACCUCCUCCUCUCUUGGAAAAUGGAUUUGUUCAAAAUGCUGAAAACUCAUACCCUGUUGGGAAAAGCAUUGUUUAUGCUUGCAGACAUGGAUAUUCUCUUGUUGGUGAUCCUGUUGCUAAGUGUGGCAGUAAUUUACAGUGGCAAGUUGGAGACAGAUAUUGCCAGGAAACUGCUUGUCUCAUGCCCGACCUGGAGGGGGGUUUGCAGGGAGAGCCAUGGAAACCUGUGUAUGAGAUUGGUGAGAGAAUAACUCUGUCUUGUCCACACGGCAUGCACUUAGAAGGGGCACGCUCCGUUUUGUGCGAGCCCAGUCUCAAGUGGUCUCCUGACAUGAAGACUAUCCAGUGCAAGAGACCAGUGCCCAGUGUGAAACCAGAAGUGACAGAGCCUAAAUGUCAGCCAUGGGAGAAAGUGCAUCAGUCACAAUGUGUGUGCAAAAUGCCCUAUGAGUGUGGUCCUUCCCUGGACACCUGUGCUACAGAUCAAAGAACCAAGAGAAACACACCUUUAACUGUCUGCAAGAUGCAUGCCUUGGAGUGCAUGGGCAGAAAAUAUUCUCUUACUAAUGCAGAAAACUGCAAAAUACCUCAGGCAGCUGAAAUAUCAUGUGGAUCGUGCCGUUCAUGGGAAAAAUGCAAUGCGCAAUCCAACAGCUGUGUUUGUGACGAAGAAGGGCCGUGUGAGGAGGGAGGCAUCCAGAUCUGUGCUGAAGUGAGCGGCUCUGCUACCCGCCGGACCAUGACCGAGUGCGAGGCUGGGCGGCUCAAAUGCCAGGGGCAGACUGUCACUCUUGUCAGCAUAAGGCCCUGCGAUGCAUAGAGCAAAUAAGACAUGUUAUGGUUCAUUUUGCUUACUGCCAUGGGAUAUGUCAAAAUGUGUCAACUCUUGGGCAGGACAUGCUUCGAACCUUGCUCUACCAAAUGUAAGCUUUGCUGUCAAGUCCACUGUAGCUGAUGAGACUGUGUGCCUUGACUCUGGUCAGCUCUGAAUCAGGGCCUGAGGCUCUUUGUUAGGCAGAGCUGCACUUGCCACUGCCACUCAUGACAGGGCUCUUGCUUAGGCCCUGGACUUAGCACUGGCAAGUUUACUUUGCUUUUCCAUCAGAAUUAAAAAAUAUUGCUGAAGUGCAGUUGCCGAAGUAGCAUUUAUAGUGAUGGAUUACAGUGUCUGACAUUGUAAAUACAUUUUUCUUAAAGCCACACAAACAUAUGCAUGCACUGAGUAGAUUUAAAUUGAAAAAAAAAAAAAGAAUAAGCUUUACAGAUUAAGAAGUGUGAUUCUUCUCCUUUAAUAAAGUAGCUUCUUCCUA